GUCAAGUCGAGAGUUUGCUAGCAAAGAACACGCGAAAUAUUGUUUGUUAAUGUUACUGGUUACAAUUCCUAUGCACAUUAAAAUACUUGUCUAUCGAAUGUUAGUUAUAUAUUCUCUGUAAAUAGUCUUUAAGGGAGUGCCGAGGACAAGGAUUGGUCUUCGAAUGUCUCUUUGACAGUGCAUUGUGGGAACUAUUCCGGUGUAUUCUGCAAGUAUCUGUUGGUGCUACGAUUUCAUGGAUUUAAAGAAAUUUCGAUAUCGGAAGGCGUUAUCAGCGUUAUCUGGCGGCCGGCUGCGCGCACCGGAACCCUUGCGAUAAGCGGCCCGCAGAUCCCCGUCCCGAGGCGCCACGCAGCUCUGCCAGCACACGUCGCGGCUCUGCGCAUUCCUCGGCCCGGCCCGGCUGUCUGUGACGAUGACGGGCGCUCGGGCGCAGCUGGUCACGUGACUGCCGGAUGGCGUCCUCUGCGGUCUUCUGCCUCAGCCUGCAGAUAAGAGUUGGCAGCGACGGUGUGGGCGAGCUGGUGGGGACGGGUGGGACCGAGGCGGGGGCGGCGGGCAGCGUGUUUCUGGUGAGCGCGCGCCGCCCCCAGCCGGUGGCUGCGACCUCUGCCGCCAUUGCCGCCGUCACCGCUGUUCAGGCCCCGGGGGCCGUAGCAGCCGCCACCUCUUCAACUCGGGCUAUCACGUCCGCCGCUGCCGCCGCCGCCGCCGCCGCCACGCAGGUCGACGCCGUUACAGAUGGAGAGGCCAUCAAACUGCCGGACAACUUGGAAAGCCUGCCGAAAGCUGACCACUUUCCCACGCAGAGGCAUCGGUGGAACACCAAUGAGGAAAUUGCCGCCAUACUCAUUAGCUUUGAUAGGCACAAUGAGUGGCAAAGCAAGGAGGUCAAGAUCAGACCGAAGAGCGGCUCGAUGCUGCUGUACUCCCGCAAGAAGGUGCGCUACCGGCGGGACGGCUACUGCUGGAAGAAACGCAAAGACGGCAAGACGACGCGGGAGGAUCACAUGAAGCUGAAGGUGCAGGGCACCGAGUGUAUCUACGGCUGCUACGUGCACUCGGCCAUCCUGCCAACGUUCCACCGGCGCUGCUACUGGUUACUGCAAAAUCCUGAUAUAGUACUGGUGCAUUACCUAAACGUGCCCUAUCCUGAUGACAACAAGCUGGCAGUGAUAACUCCAAGCCUUGCAUUAUGGGGAGACAAGAAGGAGUGGACCAAGGAGGAACUGGUAUCACAACUGAAGCCCAUGUGUGAGUCGCCAGCCCCCUCAUGCUACUCCAGUGUCCAGGUUUUCAGUGAGGAUGAGCCAGACCUGAAUAAUGAACUUGAAAUAUCAACAGCUGAAACUGUGGAAGCCAUUGUGACACAACUGAUGGAGAAGCAGCGUGUAGCUCGUGCAGCUGCUCUUAGCAAGCAACUCGAAUGCGGGUGCCCAGAUUCCACAUGUGCUGACAGUAAGACAUGUUCCCAUCCCAUGCGACGAAUUACUGCAGCAACAGCAGAAGUUGACAGCAGUAAUCAGGUGUCAUCAACAACUGGCACAGGAAGCCUACUGCUAUCUACAGGCUCUGGUUCUACAAAUGGCAGUCCUGCUGUAGGCAGUCAAACUCAGCAACGAGUACAUCGUUCGUCUGCCUCUAAUGUCCAGCAGAAUUCAACAGCACCACCGCUUGUGCUUAGUUUAUCCCAGAUACAGGGAUGUUCUGCUGGUAGCCUACUCAUACUCAACAGUUCGUCAACCACUGGAAACUCAAAUAGUGGAGGUGGUACAGUGACAUUUUCCAGCAAAGAAAAGACAGUUGUUCUUAAACAGGAAGCAAUGGACACAAGUUCUUGCAGUCGUCUGCAGGAUGUGAGCAACAACAACAGUAGCAAAAUGGAUGUGACUAAUGGCAAUGCUCCUCCAACAUAUGACAAUAGUGCUUAUCAUAGACAGCUUCGGCAGCAUGAGAAGCGUUCAACAAGCGAGCAACUUCCAUUGUUGCUUAGCAGUGCACCCCCAACACCAAGCAAGCAUAUGGACACUACUACCUCAGAAACAGAACUCACUAGCUACUGCAAUGCAGAUACUGUGCUUGUCAUAGGGACAGGGUCCUCAACCAAAAAUAAUGGAGUGGAUGGUUCCUCAGGGAUGGGAGAUUCUUCUGUUUCCCUUGGAUUUUUUAAUGAAACUCUUGAUUUGUCACAAGAGGACAUACAGAGGACAUUACAGGCUAACAUGCCCUGUGGUACUGGUGUCACUGUAGAUGACUCCCAAGGACAGCACCAAGCAGAUGACGAUGAUGUGAUAGUAUCAGAAAUUAAUCCUAUGGAUUUUAUUGAUGGGUGCUGUGAUGUAGUAGUUUCACCAGAUGAAACACAGUCUGUAACGGGUACAGGUGUGGACGAUGAUGUUUUUGUAAAUUUGGAUGCAUUUGAUAUGUUAGGUGAUUUUCCUGAACUUGAAAUUAUGGAACCAAGUGUUUCUGCAGAUGAGACAGUAACUGUACACAGUGGUGAUGUCAGUGUUGAUGACAAGGACUUGGUAACUGUGACUUCCGUUGAGUCACAGCAGGCUUCUCAUGAACCUGACAAGGAUAGAGGUCAACCUUCACCUACCAUCGAGUUUCAUGAGGCGACUGUCAACAUUACUGAUUAUUCCCCUGAGUGGGCAUAUCCUGAGGGAGGUGUGAAGGUGCUUGUAACCGGUCCUUGGUACUCAACUACAUCACCAUAUACUGUGCUAUUUGACACAUUCCCUGUGCCUACCACUCUGGUACAGAGUGGAGUACUGCGGUGUUAUUGCCCUGCACAUGAGGUAGGAUUAGUUACUUUGCAAGUAGCCUGUGAUGGUUUUGUCAUCUCAAAUUCUGUGAUGUUUGAAUACAAAGAGCCAGUAAGUGGUACCAGCCAAAUGGCAUGUGAAGAGCGCGAAUCUCGUGACAAGAAUGGCAAUGACAACCUUCUACGUUUCACCCUUCUGCAGCGCUUAGAGGCAAUGGAUGGUCGUCUGCAAAUCAAACAGGAGCCUGAGGGUUCUGAUGUGGUUGAAGGCUCAUCAAUGUUAAGCCAAAGCAAUUUUGAAGAUCGUCUGGUAAACUAUUGUCAAGAAAUGACUUCAAAGGCUUGGCAGUGUGGAGAGGAAGUGAGCCCCUCUUGGUUCUGCAGUCAUCGAGGCAUGACACUUUUACAUCUGGCAGCAUCCCUUGGUUAUUCUAGGCUUGUUUGUGCAAUGUUGCACUGGAGAGAGGAGAAUUCGUCUCUUCUGUUGGAAACAGAAGUUGAUGCCCUUAGUCAGGAUGAAGAUGGAUAUACUCCCCUUAUGUGGGCUUGUGUACGAGGUCACCACGAAACUGCAUUGCUGUUGUAUCGAUGGAACCACACAGCACUAAAAGUCCGAAAUCAUGCUUCACAGACAGCUAUAGACUGUGCAAGAGAAUAUGGACAUGAUUCUCUGGCACAGGACCUAGAGCAGCAAGAGGCUUUACGUCUGCAAGAGAACCCUGGACCAGAUGACAUAUUUCUUCGACCAGAUAUUGUUACAAUAUGUGACUCUGAAAAAACUUCACUGAACAAUGAGCUCCAUGUAAACAUUCCACCCUCUACAAACAUAGAUUCAGAGAUGAGUACUCCAAAUAGUAAUGAGAAUGGCAGUCAUAGCUCUGCUCAGAGUCCUGUUUGCUCAAGUUCAGGAAAUGGAGAAUCUAAUAGUAGUGGCACAACUCAACAGAGGCUGACAAAGCGACCGUCAGUGGAUAGUGGCAUCAACUUGGGCCAUUCUUCAGAUAGCUUGUCAUCUUUACAGAGUCGAGGACCUGGUUCCAAAGCUUCCUCUUCAAGAGAAGUUUCAAGGUUGUCUAGGUUUGAUCGGAGCAUGUCUUUGCCAGUGAGCUCCCCAAUGAAUGGUGUUGAAACUCCAUACGACUCUAUCUCUACUGAUGGCCAUGAUCCCCUAAUGAGUUCUCCUAUUAGAAGAAUGGAUUUUGCCUUAUGCGAAGUGGCUACUGGAGCAAGAAGUGAAAGUCCAAUGAUUGACGAGGAGGGAGUAUCUGAUGAGGAUCUGGAAAAUAAGCAGAACAUUGUAGGGGAGCAGGAAGUGCGUGUUUUAACUUUAGCAGAACAAAUAAUUGCUGCAAUGCCAGAAAGAAUAAAGAAUGAGAGUGCAGAUGUAAUGUUGGAGCAGGACAGUUCACGAAAUGACUCGUCAGCGGGAAAUAGUGAUACCUUACCAGAAGUCUUCAUGGAACCUCUUUUGAUUGAUGAAACCUCUUCAUCAUUUGAGCCUGUAGAAUUUAACUUUGAAUUCAGUGAUCACAAUUAUAGGUACUAUGAUGUGAGCACACCUGGCUCCUCCAUGAGCCCAGCCUCCUCCAGCUGUCUACAGUCUCCAUGCUCAUUCACACUUGAUUCACCAUCUCCACCGCCAACUACAGCUGACUUCUGUGAAUUUUUUCAGGCAUCUGGCAAUGUUUUUGAGAAGGAUUUCUCGAACCUCACACUUUCAGAUAGGGAACAACGAGAACUGUAUGAAGCAGCAAAAAUCAUUCAAAAGGCAUACCGUUCAUAUAAAGGCCGAAAGAAGUUGGAGGAACAGGAUAAAGAAAGAGCCGCUGCAGUACUUAUACAAAACUACUAUCGUCGGUAUAAACAGUAUGCAUACUUCAAGCAGAUGACCCAUGCAGCAAUGGUGAUACAGAAUGGGUUUCGAUCAUAUUGCGAGCACAAGCGUUUUAAGAAAAGUCAGGAAGCUGCUGUUUGCAUACAAAACUACUACCGCAAUUACAGGGAGCAGGGGGGGAGAGGGAGUCGUGAGAGCACACCUAGUGCAACAAGCAGCAGCCUCAAGCGCACAUAUUCGCAGAGACGACAGCAUCAAGCAGCUCGGAAAAUUCAGCAGUUCAUGAGACAAUCGAAAAACAAAUUGCAGAGAGAGCGAGCUUUGGCAGCCGAAAGAGAGAAGCUGGAGGGCCAGUCAGUGGAUGCCCUCCAAAAGUUGCCCUGUCCCGGCAGUAUGGGAUGCUCCACCAACGUUCCAAAUAGCAGUGGCCGUCCAGUGGCAUCUAGCCCCAGAAACAAUAGUGUCCAUACCAAGGAUGCUGCUGGAAAAACUUGAUUAAAUCAUUAGAGCUCUGACAACAUCCAGAAACACCAGAAAUACAAUGGAACAAAAUAUUUAUCAUGCUGACGAAAAAGUGUUGUAUAUAUUUAUCAAAGUGCUUGUGAAAUGAACUGACUGCACUGCGUACUUUUUUGUUACUCUGUUUUAGUGUAAGCUUAAUAGUACUUUUAAAGAAUUAAGGUACUGCAACAGUCAACUGUCAUAAUGAUGGGUGUGACUGCUUUAAACGAAACACAUCACAAGACUUGUAAAUAGAAAACUGUUUACAUGUACUCCGAAUGUAAAAGAAAGCUAUAAACAGAUAGCAAGCUAGUCAUGUUUCUUUUGCCAGUAUUGUGUUUCAAGUGCUGUGAACGAAUUUCGUAUCAGGUCAAGAAAGAAUACAUUAUUGCUGACAGUGCCACAUAGUAACCUACUGUCAGUGCAUCAAGUUAUGAGUACUGAAUGAACAUUUUAAACUUUGUGUACCUUGGAGUGCUAUGAAAGUAAAAGCAACCGAGCCAUGGCAGUUUUUGAUAUAUAACUAUGUUUAGAUGCAGUUUCUGUUGUUCAUUGUUUGUGUUUUUAUCAUUAAAGAAAUGUAUUUUCAUGUUCUCAGGCUGUUUUGACAUAUUUGAAUAUGAUGUGGUGACUGGAUUAUGAAUGUAAUGGGACAGAGUAUUUGUUGGCUUUACAUAUGGAAUGGAUUAUUUUUCAUGUGUUUAUUGCCCCUUGCUACCAAAAGAAACUCAGAUUUUUGUUGGCAUAAUUUAACUAUAAACUGUGUUAUUCAUUUAAUAAAUAUAACUAAAAGCUUAUAUUUUAAAUUACUAAAUAUUAUUGCUGUUUGUUUCCUGCUUCUAUUGCAGUGCACGAGAGUUAUCAUUACCGGUAUUCAUUUGUAUGCCUCUUGUAAAGUGCAUGAAAUGUAUAACUGGUAUUCAUUCGUAUGCCUCUUGUAAAGUGCAUGAAAUGGGCAGGUCCCACUGUUUUUGACUAUUGAUAGUGAUCAGAUAGCAGACACUUCAAUUAAUCAUGUAUAUUUUGAUAUACUAUGGAAGUCACAUAAAUUUUGACUGCCAUAUACAGUAAUUUAUGAGGUGUUGUUCAUAACCUGAGGCAUGGAAAUUUUAAAGAAAAUGAUUGGUGCAUUUGUUAUUAAUUAAUUUAAUCUUCUAAUUAAGUAUGUUUUAUGUACAUACAGAUUAUUUUUGAGAAUAUAAUGAAGUGCGUGGCCCUCCUCUGAGCAUGUUGGUACUUGUUGGGCCCGAGUCUGUAAGCUUAGGAGUUGAAAAGUGAGAUUCACAGAGCUGUGAUGUAGAAUUCAGAUUUCUUUUCUAAAAUAUGCAACUAAGACAUGGCUUCACUUUUUAUAUAUUUUUAUGUAGUCAUACGUAUAGUAUAUAAAAUCACCUGUUUGUAAAUAAAUAAAUUGCACUCUAGAAGAAAAAAAUUAAACUGAACUUUUUGUACUUAAUAAAAUAAGACUUAUAUAGACAAAAUGUUAUCAACAGUGUAUUUGUUUAUUCAUGUUAAUUUUUUCUCUAAAGAAAUUAGCAUGUAAUAGAAAUGGAUAGAUAACAGACUAUUUAGGUAAAAUGCAAAAUGAGGACAGGAAAUUUACAUCUUAUAAUCUUAUGACAAUUCCAUUUUCAUCUUUAAAGCUUUAAUUCAAAGGUCUUCACUAUUGUAGGUGUAAAUGCCUUUUUAAAGGCAAAAGUGGUAUGGCAUUUAUAAUGCCUCUUCUACAAUCAGUCAGCAUUGCUUACAGAUGUAGAAAGAGCUCUAUAUUUGUAACUUACCCAUUUAGUAGAAGUGUUUACAGGACUUCUUUAUCAGGCUUCUUAAGUAUUAUUUUUCUGGUUACUGUGAAACAAUUAUUCAGCAUAAAGCUCUGUUUAAGCUCACAAUAGAUUUUGUGCAUUUCUUUUCAAUUCAAUUGAUUGUUCUUUUCACUGCAUGUGCCACAAUAUGUAAAGGAAUCUUCUGAUUCAUAUCGUUAGUGAAACUAUUUGAUUUCCAUGUUAUCCAAUUUAAUUUUCCUUUUACAUUUUUGCACUGAAUUCAGAAGUCUUUUACACUGACCAACAUCAUUUGGUAAUGUUGGGUCAACAUGUUUAUUUUGCAGAUCACAGUAGGUAGGACAUGAAUUUCCUUAUUCACAGAAAUUUGUGACUGAGGUUCAAUAUAUUCACAUCUUCCUGUUACCUUUUUGUGGGGUACUUUUAGUUCAAUAUAUUUUUUAAGUUUAUUAAUCUUAUUACCUUUAUUAAUAUUUUUUAAGUUUAUUAAUUUUCAUUGAAAUGUAUUUCCUUGCUGAAAAACUCGGAUACAUUUUAGAAAAGUGUAUAUAAUUUAAUAGAGCAUCAGACACACAAAGAAUAGAGGGUGACACAUCUCUGUUGCUAUUAUUUGAGGUGUUUCAAAAAUUUUUGUGGCAACAACAUUGUUGCUGAAUUUUUAAUCAAAUAAUUUCAUUUAUUCCCAGACUAAGGAACUGUCAUUUGAUGGAAUUUAAUAAAAUGUGAUCUGGGGCGUAUUAAAACAGCUCUACCACAGUUGGUGACAUUUGUGAUCUGGAAGGUUUUUAAUUCUCAAUUUGAGCAUAAUUUUGUCUUCCUCCAUGUGUUAGAAAUUAAAUUAUUAUUGAGUAAAGGAAGCACUUCUACUACACACAUUUGUCUUAAUUGCUGUAGCUAGCGAUAAUGUUCAAUUUAAUGUUUUUCCUCAUCUUCUACAACUUCCAGUUCAAUAUGUGGACACUUUUUUUUAUAAUUCUCAGUACAAAUUCCAGCAGUGUAGGACUAAAGACAGGAGAAAGGAAAUUAAAAUGAUUCGUGGGGUACAAGUAUUCCAUAGUAACUUGAUAAAAUAUUUUUGAUAUCUGUUUCUAUAUAUAUUAUGAGUGUUUGAGAUUUUUAGUGUAGUUAGAAGCCUGUGGCUGUUUCAUAUUAUCUACUAACUUGUGGUUUAUCAUAUUUACAAUUUCUACAUAUUGGGACAAUAGAAUUAUUUUCUUGCACCUUACAGGUUUGUUACUGGACAGGUAUUAGAUGUUGUUUGCAAGUACCACUGAUAUUUCCAAAAAGUAUCGGAGUAUUUGCGAGUUACCGAUAUUUUUUAAACAGAUGAGGUAAUUAACCAGAAUCAUAAUUUUGCAAAGAAGAUCAGGAAUUUUCACAGCUAAUUUUAACUAUAAUUGUCUGAUUUUCAUGCCAAUGACAGUAAUAUCUGGGUCACUGUUUUAAUGUGGUAUCUUAUAAUAAUUUAUUACCUGUCUUGUUUCUGUUAUAAAUUUGCAUUGUUACGCAUUAGUGGCCAGCUUUGAAAAGCAUCAAAUGAAACUUUAUUCCUGUAUCGUGAAAUGUUCCUUCUGUGGUAGAUGUCUGGUGUCUGGGAUAUCCAUUUUCACUUAAAGAUACCCUGAUUAGCAUGCCCUUAGUUAUUGCACUUGAACUCAUUCUGUGUAACUGAAUUUUGUAUUUCACCUGUAUUCACAAAAUUUUGCUGCAUAACCACUGCCAAUUUUUAUCCAGAUACAAAGUAUUGUAAGCAAAUUGUGAAGGUAGGAAAACAUCUGGUGGUCUAUUUUAAUCCACAGAUGUGCAAAACAGUUAUACAUUACAUGGAUUCAGUGAAACCUAUUUUAAAAAGACUAAUGUAGAUAAAAGAUUUUAUCUUAUGGUAGUGCUCAUGAUAUUGUGUAUUGUUCCUCAUAUAACAAUAGAAAUUAAGAGGAAGUAACUUCCGGAACUUAUGAACUGCAUUAGAGCUUGGAAAUAGCUCAAUGAACUUUGAAUGUUCAAAGUUGUUUAAAAGAAUUUUGAAUGAGUUAAGCCUACAAAGUUCAACCUGUUUAAUGCAUAUAUCCAUUACAUUAAUAUUACAAUAUUUCUGCAGGUAGUACAUAAAAGUGCUUAAAGAAUUGUUGAAAGAUAUAGUAGUGCAAUAUAAUUGACUUGUCUUUUUAUUGUCAUGAAAUUUAAUUUCUGAUACAUAACAUUUUAAAUUGGUUUCUAUUUUUUUUUUUUUUUUUUUGUUUGUUUAUUUAUAAUACAGGAAUCAGUUUAGAUUCUAUCUGCUUUCACUUUUUAUUAAUAAAAAGUCCUCUUCUUUUAAUGCUCAUAUGCUAUUAUUAUGCUUCAAUAGCUUUUUGUUUUCUCAUGACUCUUGUUUCGUGAAUUGCAACAGACAUCCCAAAUUUUAAAGGUUCAUAUUUUGUUCUUAUCUACAUGUCUGUAGUUUUCUUGCCACAGUUUCAAAACAGUCUUCAUAUUCUUCUUUCUUAUUUACAUUCAUUCAAAAGUACUUGGGGCUGAGUAUACAGUCAAAUGCUGCUGUUGUUGUUCUUUCACUGUUAACUGACAUGAAUAAUAUUAUUUACUGCAAAAGAAAACAGAUUUUUGUGUAUAUUUAGAAAUUCUUUCAGUAUAAUACUUUAUGCUUACCAUGUAGACGCCAUCCAUAUAACAAUAUAAUUCUUGUUUUAUUAUAAUCUUACGUUGUCUUGCGUGAAACAGUUAUAAAACAAUUAGAGCUGCGCACUUUCUUACCAAUAUUCAGUAACUCAUAAAUUAUUCUUACUUGAUUCUCAUUGUUCCUCUAAAAUAUAAAUUUCAAUAUUUUAACUGGAAGCUAGAUACUCUGCAACCAAGGAAGCUUAAUCUUUUUUAUUGAGUUUAUUAUUUGUAAUUAAAACAAAUUUUAUUUCCAUAAUAAUCCAAAGCUUCCUUAUAAAUAUAGAUGACGUAUGUUUUGGUGUUCUCUGCAAAUAUAUCACUAAUUCUUUUAGACUGUGACUGAAAUAAAACACAAUUACAAAUAAUUUAAAGGCUCUUCAUUUUCUGUGUACACAAUAGCUUCAAUAUGUGUGUGCAAAAUUCACUCUUUUCUUUACUUUUCUGAGCCUCUGUUCAAAUAUUUUAUAUGUACAAGAGCACAAUUACUUCUGCUCACAUACACUUACAGUUUGUGGCAUGUUUUAAAUUUUGAGCCUGUACAUUACAGCAAAUAACAUAGCAGUAAUGUAUAAUGAUGUGAUUGUCUGUUGCUCAUUAACAAAAUCAGCUGAGUUUCCUCUUUUAUUGUGCUGUUAUUAAUUAUGGCUUAAAAUUUAUGUAGCAGUGUGCAUAUGUUACUGAAACUUCUGCAUAUCGCAUUACUACUGAUACAGUUAUUGCUAGUUUGCAAUCACUCUUGCACUGAACUCUCAAUGAAACAUUGCUGAAAAUUUUUCUCACUAUGGAGGCAAUAUUAAUAUUGUAUGUUUUAUUAUUAUUUUAAUAUCAAUAUGUUUAUGAUUUUCAAACAUACUGGUUUUCCACGUGAUAAUUACAGAAAUUACUUAAAAACAAGCAAUAUAUUAUCAAUGUAUUUUAUUUGUGUGACCUCUUUAUAAGUUUAAUGACAUUUUCAAAAUCAAUAACAGGUAAAUUGUAAGGCAGAUAAUAGAAAGCAGAAGGGAGAACUGUGUCUGACACAGUCAAUGUGGUGCUCAAACGUUAUUUUUCCCUGUUAAAGCCACAGAUCGUUUGUAAAUACGUAUUUACCCAAAAGUAAAGAAGGGAAAAUAGAUACAAAUUAAAAUAUAAUGAAAAACCCCUUUGUAUAUAACUGUUAAAUAUGUGAAAAUUUUAUUCUAUACAUUCAGUAAAAUUUAUCCCAUUUAAUAUUGGCAUUACUAGUAAUAUUAAUGUACAGAUUCUGAGAUAGAAUAUUAGCAUGUUUUUAAUCAGCGUAAUUAUUUUCAUACUUUCAUUUAGCUUUGAAAAGAAUAUCGAUAUAUGAUGUAAAAUCAUAAUGCAUCUUACCAUGUGUGUGAUGUGAUAUUUACACACAUUUUCUGUGAAAGCUUUUAAAAACAGAAAAUAGAGUCAGGAUUAUAUACAAAAAUAAAUAUAUAUACAUAUAUAAUUUAUCUCUGCUUUUAAAGGUAGUACAAAAUAUAAUAAUAAGUAUAAGAAAUAAGUAAAUGCUAAAUUUUCAUAUAUAAUGUAAAUAUAUUUAUUAGGAAUGCUGUUUUUCCAUAAACAUUUUUAAAACUUCUUUUGAAGAUAAUCCAACCACUUAAGAGUUAAAAAUAAACACAGACUGUAUUUUUGAAAAUUAGGUUAGUUUCUCAUGAACACAACCUAAGGAAAGCGCUUUUAAUUGUUAAUAGGUAAGGUGCCAUUAGGAGACUAUUUUGUUCAUUUCUUCUGUUGAUAUUUUAUUGUUAAUUUUUUCACUUUUUAGUUUUAUCUUUCAUUUUUAAUAAGGGUACUUCAUUAGUUGUAAUUAUAAUGAGUUAACUGUUUCACCUAAUGGUGAAAGUCAAAUUUCUGUUAACAUGUUAUAUGGUUCCACUACUACCUUCAUGUUUAAAUUUUGCCGUUUUUCAGAAUAAUUAAAUAUUACAGUGAAUUUAAAUCAGAUUAGUAGUCAGUAACUGGAAUUUUAGAAAAAACUUCCGAAUGUGGGUCAUACCCUGACUGUAUAGCACCUGGAAUUUCUGCUUUAAAAAGUUAGGUGAUUGGAAAUAUGUCAGUUUUUUGGCAUGGUUUCAUAAGCUUCUAGAGAAUAUUUGCACAUAAACAUACAGGGGGUAUGAAAAAAUGCAAUUGGAGUGUAGAAUGUGUGAGAAAUAUUCUUACUUCGGCUACACCAUCUGCAAGCAUAUUGUGUAGAAUUUCUAAUUGAUUAAAAACCAAAAGGAUUUGUUCAUAACAGUUACUAAUUAAAAUAUUCUACAAAUCUAGAAGGAAAUUGUUCAGUAAACCUUUAACUUAAAAAGAAAAGCCCUUUGGCAUGUGUUCCCUUGUACACAUACCUAUAAAAGAGCUCUGAAGAAAAUUAUUCAGUUCAUGGUUAUCUCCAGUGUUAGUGGUUCUCAGGAACAAAAAAUUUGAAAUUCUUACAUAACUUGGACUUGGUAAAAAUAUUUUCAUUAUGUCUAAUAGCCAUGUGCAACACAACUGCUAAAUGGAAUGUUUUAAAUUAUACUGAGUAUAUUGGCUUUAUGGAAUGAAAAUAUUGCAAAUAUUCUCUAAUAUUCACUACUCUGAGGUCUGAAAGAUCUCACACCAAUAGAGUCCCUGUUCUGAUUGUCAUCUUAUGUACAUAUAUUUUCUUUAUUUUUAGUAUAGUCUGAUUUUAUUACCUUUUCCUCGUAUAAUAUUUGUUGUAUGGUUGCAUAUAAAAUGAAGAUGAUCCAGUAACAUUAAUUUGUUGAAUUGUUUUGUAGUAGUUCCUAUGUUGUAGACAUGGCAAAUUCAUUACUUUUGAACUAAACAAGUUAUGGUAAGAAGUUAAAAAAUUUAAAAAAUCAUAUGAGAUUACUAAAUUAUCUCAGAACUGUCUCCUUAUAUUGCAGGCAGUGUAAGGUCAAUGAAAUGAAACACCAAUGUGAAAGAAUAACAGAAAACUAUGAGGUCUUUCAUGAAAAGGCAUUUUCAGACACUUGUGAUACAAAUCCAUGCAGUCAGAAAACUGUCAAGCCUAAGCAUUAUGUGGCAUUUCUUUAUUUAAACAAGAACAUUUGACUGUCCUGUUUGCCUAGUAUAUAACUAUUACUGUUUCCUUAUAUUUACACUGUGAUAAAAUGUGUAGCCUUUGUUAAUUUGGUGAUUGAAAUAUAGUCCUGCUAUCCAUAAUUGAGUCUUAGUCUUUGAUCUUCAAUGCUGGCAUCAGUUCCACAUUUUUCUUAUUGCUAUUUAUAUAUUUUGUUGAAAGUAAACUGCAUAAACAAAAGUUCUAAUCACAUAAUACUUACUCUCUUAGCUGAGACACCUAACUCAUAAAAUCAACACACAUCGAGUGUAAGCAAGCUAAGCUUGAUCACUGGGUUUUUCCUUCAUUUAGCUACAGUUUAAAUGCCACAACUUGUGCUUUUGUGUUGGCCACACAAUUAAUAUGAGUGAUGUUGGCUACCAUGUGAAGAUUAUGGGGUAACUAAGAUUUAGCUGUGUUAGUGUUAGUGUUAGGUUAUCCGUUUUGAGCUGACAAAAGUCUAAUUAAAAAUAAUUACACCAAAUGCAUUUAACUUUUAUUUAUAAAGCAUCUUCUGUGGUUAUUCUAUAAAUAUGAUACAUACGUUUGCACAUUUUUGAUUGUUUUAGGUUCAAAACAGUGUUCUCUUUAUGAAGUUGGUCUGCAUGUUACUUACUGUGUUUCUUUGCAUAUUCUGCUCCUUCCCUCCUUGCUAGCAGUGGUUGGUGUCAAAAGGCUUCACAUCACAGCUGCACUUGGCAGAUUUUGACGUUGAAGUAUUUCGUGCACUGCACUAUUUACAGUUCACUUUCUUACACUGUUUCUCAUUCUGCACUGCCACAGUGUUUAUGACUGUGCACUGUGGCAGAGCAGAAUGAGAAACAGUUUAAGAAAGUGAACUGUAAAUAGUGCCGUGCAGGAAAUACUGCAGAAUGCCAAAAACUGCCAAGUGCAGAUAUGAAAUGAAGCCUUUUGACGCCAACCACUGCUAGCAUGGCGGGAAGGAGCAGAAUAUGUAAAGAAAUUCAGAAAGUAAUUUGCAGACAAACUUUAUAAAGAAAUUCUGUUUUGAACCUAAAACAUCAAAAAAUGUACAAACGUUUGUAUCCAAUUUACAGAAUACCCACAAAAGAUGUUUCAUAAAUAAAAGUAAAUGUGUCAGACGUAACUCAAUCAGCUCAAGACGGAUAACUUAUAGUAAUGGAUGUUAAGAGCUGCUAUGGAAGAUGUACACACAAACAAACGCAUUAAUAUUUAGCUAUGUAUAGUUAAAUUCCUUUCCUCUUUACAACAAAAUGGUUACACUGGAAAAAAAUUUAAUUCAUAUUUUCUUUCUUAGUUUCCUGCAUUAAAGUAAAUUUUUCACGAGUGUUGCCUACUUACACAUUUCUCUUUUUUCCAUUACUAGCACAUAUAGUGAAUAAAAUGUGAACAUUACAUUUCCUAGUGGCAGAAAUAUGUUGUUCCAGGUGCAUUUUGCAUUUCUUUGUUACAUGUGAAGACCGCAUUUUAUAAUGUCUUUUAGUAUGUGAACUUUUAACCAGCAUAACCAGGACAGAGUAAAUGCUGAUCAGUUUUCUUCUUCUAAUAGCAAAUCCAAGUAUUAAGUAAAAAAAGAUCACAGACUGAAAUAUUUAUUUCUGCCCUAUACAUUCCCACUUUAUGUUUGGAACUUCAGGUUGCACUGCCAUUUAUUUUUAAUUGGUUUCCCCUUGAAUACUUUUUAUAAAAAUAUUAAGAAAAUUUUCAAGGUAUUUGAAUAUGUAGUCAACAAGAUGACUUCCUUAAAAUCAUUUUUGAAUUUAUUCAUCCUACAUAUAAUAUCAAUAAUUUAAGAACUUAACUACAUUUUCCCCAGUUUUGGCUUUUGUGGCUUCUUCUUCUUGAUCAGAUGUGCAAUUGUUCGCUAUGCCCCUCUUUCUCGGUCAUAUUGCUUGGUUUUGAGUGUGAGCGUGCGCGCGCACGUGUGUGCAUGUGCAUAUAUGUGUUCUUAUUCUUCUUAUCCUUCACCAUGGUAUUGGGCUCCCCAUUCUAUAAAAAUGUUGUUGUGCUGCAUAUAUCUGGCAUCAGUAGCUAAUAGGAAUGACAUUACUGCAAAAUUAGUUCUUUGUUGCUUAAUUGAAGUGGCCAUUUAUGAAACUGUAUACAUAUUUAAAUGUUAUAAAAUAAACCAUAUUUAAAAGUAAUAAAGUAUUUGUUUGUGAAUACAUAACAAAUUUGGUACAUACUUACUUUUGCGUUGAAUGAAAUACUGAAGUAUAUAAACUACUCGUUCCUUUACACUCUGCUAAAACUCAAAAUCUCAUUGUAUUAAUAUUGUUUUCUAAUUUCUGCUUAAAAUAAACAACUCAUAGAAUACAAAUUAUACACACUUUUAAAUGCUUUGUUUUUCACAUUAUCGGUAAUUAAAACAGCAGUAGUAAUCCAUAUCAGUCUUGGUUACAAAAUAUAAUUCUUCCACAUAUUCUGCCAUAGCACAUGCUAUUAAAAAUCUCUAUAUAAAAUAAAAAUAGAAAGUAAUGAAAAUUAGCACAAAUAAAAUGGUUAAUAGAGAUGAGCAGCAGUCGGAAGAAACACACAGCAUGCAUCAGGAAGAUAUAGGGUCCCUCACUAUUGCAAAGAAGAGAUAGAAACUACAAGUAGUAAACUUCCUAAUUUUUAUUUUGUUUAUUUAUGUGAUUUACACAUUUCCUUUGACAGUUUUUUUCAAUGACUGCUGUCUUUCCCAUGUUUUGUAAAUUAUGCUGUUAUUAAUGCUCUCUGCCUGGAAUCUUAACCGUUUAGGGGGAGAGGAAAUAAAUAAUAAAUUGUAGUAAAGUUCAAGCAGCGAAUCAUCACAAGACAGUUAAUAACAAUGACCGAGAUUACAAUUAGGUUAGUUAUUGUAGGACAGCACCAAGGAAUUAGAGAAAAUUUAGUUAUUUCAUAAAAAUAUUCUCAGUUUUAAAAUGAACAUGCACUUUCUCCUAAUUUAAUAUUAUUCAUAUUAUUUCCUUAGAGAACUAUUCAUAUUAUUAGUAACAGUUAAUUGAACUGAAUUGGUGAUUAUGUACAAGCUAAUUUUUUAGGUUCUUAGGGUGACAAUUUCUGUAAUUUUUUUCAGUAUUUGCUUAGUGCCAGUGGGUAAUAAUAUUAAAUAAUUAUUUUGUCAGUUUACUAGCCCCACCAAAUGUGAGCAAAAACUCAAACUUUUGAUGAUAACCUACAAAAUAUUUGUCAAGAACAAAUGACUGUCACAACAGGAGCUGUGGCUUCAGAAAGAAAAGACUACUUUCUUAUGAAGAUGAUGGAGGCUACUGCUGAAGAAUCAGCAUAUUUCUGUAAUUUGAGAUAAAAUGCAAACAGAACAAGAAAAUUUCAUACUCAUAUUGUCAUGAAAAGGUUCAUCCUCACAGUAAUGGAUGUACUUACAAUUUGUGUCAGCUAAACACUAAGUACAUAAAAAUGUGCAUUUGCCCAAAACAUGGCUGUGGAACUUUCAGUAAAAUGAAAAAAUUUUAAUCACUACCUUUUCUGAUAUCUCUAAUUGUUGAGACAUUUGUGUAAUUGAGGGACAAAAUAAGUGUUGAUAACUUGUUGAGAAACUCCUGGCUUGAUGGAACUACAGUCUGACAUAGCCUUCAUUAUAUGCAAAAUGAUAUCCCUGAUCACCUUUUCUCUUACUUCUGGGAAUAUGAAAUAUGGAUUGUCAAACCAUCAUUGAAGUAUGUCUCAUUCAAAUUCCUUACCUCAUUUGUUAGUUUUGAAUGGGCAUUAUCAUGAAGAAUAACAGCAUUUGAUAGAAUUAUAGUGCUUCAAAACUGAACACCCCUUAAGCUGUUUAGGCCAGCUGUCACACUUUUUGUAUUACAAAAAAGAGAAGUGUGUCAGUGGGGAGGGUCACAUUGGGUGAUAUAAUUUUGGAAUUGAUGAAAAAGUGUAUUUCUGUCAGUUUCUAGAAGAUUAUUUAAAAUUUCCUGUUUUUUAUUUAUUUCUUUUAUGUAAAGGAUUUGUUACUGUGACUUCUGUAUGGAUUGAAUAAACUCUCUGAAUGCUCAGUAAGCACUUUUGAAAUAUAAAAAUUUAGUAGCAGACCUUUACAACUCUCCCAUUCAUAGUCCACUGCCACUACUGCUUCUACAUAUGUUAUCUUCUUCAUAUGAUCGCUAAUGACUCAAGGUUUUUUUUUCACCCAUCACUAAGUAAAUAACUUACUUUUGUAAUCAGCUUCAUUCAUGCUUAUAUUGCACAUGCCACAACAACUCCAUGCACUCACAUCAGCACUUGAUGAUGACAACCAGCUGGUUCAUAGAACUGUUAUGCAAUUAGUACAACUACUUGUGACAUUAUGCCCAGAAUCAUUUAUGCAGUUAUUACGGUGUGGGACAGAUCAGCUAUAUUGGUCUUCCUGUUUCGCAUAAAAUGUUAUGAACGGUAGUGUUCUGUGGACCAGUUAACUGUGCUUCUUACAUUUGACAUGUGGACUGAUGUCAGUAUUCACUACCUGAUGUUAGGGAAAUAUGAAGUGAAGAUUUUGUACUAUACUGUUAACUCAUUAUAAAUUGAUUUAGUAACAAAAUCUCUGUUAAUAGAAUUAUUUUUAAUAGUAUUGUUAUGUGUUCAACAAAUGGUUUUCUUUUCAAGUUUUAAGAAAAUGCAUUUACAUUUUAAAAGACAUCAUAAAUGUUACUACAUGCUUAACAUUAAAAUUUUUGGCAGCUU